AUCUGCUCUCGUCAUGAUGAGGUGAUGAAGAUAUUCUGCCGUACAGAUAAGAAGUGUAUCUGUUAUCUGUGCACUAUGGAAGAUCAUAAAUACCACGACACAGUCCCAGCUGCAGCAGAAAGGACUGAGAGGCAGAGAGAACCCGAGGUGAGUCGACUAAACAUCCAGCAGAGAAUCCAGGACAGAGAGAAAGAUGUGAAGCUGCUUCAACAGGAGGUGGAGGCCGUCAGUCGCUCUGCUGAUAAAGCAGUGGAGGACAGUGAGAAGAUCUUCACUGAGCUGAUCUGUCUCCUCCAGAAAAGAAGCUCUGAUGUGAAGCAGCAGAUCAGAUCCCAGCAGGAAACUGAAGUGAGUCGAGCCAAAGAGCUUCAGGAGAAGCUGCAGCAGGAGAUCACUGAGCUGAAGAGGAAAGACGCUGAACUGACGCAGCUCUCACACACAGAGGAUCACAACCAGUUUCUACACAACUACCCCUCAGUGUCACAACUCAGUGAACCUACAGACUCAUCCAGCAUCAAGAGACGUCCUCUGAGAUACUUUGAGGAUGUGACAGCAGCUGUGUCAGAGCUCAGAGAUAAACUACAGGACAUCCUGAGGGACAAAUGGAUAAACAUCUCACGGUCAGUGACUGAAGUGGACGUUUUACUGCCACAACCAGAACCCAAGACCAGAGCUGAGUUCUUAAAAUAUUCACGUGAAAUCACUCUGGAUCCAAACAUAGCAUACACACGGCUGUUAUUAUCUGAGGGGUUCAGAAAAGUAACAUAUACGUUACAUCCACAGUCUUAUUCUAGUCACACAGACAGAUUCACUGAUAAGUGGCAGGUCCUGAGUAGAGAGAGUCUGACUGGACGUUGUUACUGGGAGGUGGAGUGGAGAGGAUCAGCAGUUUGUGUAGCAGUCGCAUACAAGAAUAUCAGCAGAGCAGGACAGAUAUCUGUAUUUGGAUGUAAUGACAAAUCCUGGUCUUUAGAUUGUAAUCCUUACAGGUAUGGAUUUCGGUUCAACAACAUUCAAACUACCCUCUCAGGUCCUGAAUCCUACAGAGUCGGAGUGUACCUGGAUCACAGAGCAGGUAUUCUGUCCUUCUACAGCGUCUCUGAAACCAUGACUCUCAUCCACAGAGUCCAGACCACAUUCACUCAGCCUCUCUAUGCUGGAAUUUUAAUUACUGGUGGAGCCACAGCUGAGUUGUGUAAAGUGAAAUAGUCAGAAGUAGGGGUGUGACGAGAUCUC